GCUGUUAUAUUCAGUCGAUUUCCGACCGCACACAACACUAGAUGGAUUAGUUCGCAAAAACCUGGAAAAAACUUACAUCUGAAAAAAAUAUAUAUAAAGCAGAUCAAAAUGUCUACGGCAAAUGGAAUUCCAUCAUGGAUUACAGCGGAAUUAUUCGCCAAAAUUCUGCCAAACAUUGUUAAAGAUUUUGCAAAAAUCAGCAAUUUCAAAGUGUGCCAGGCAUUGGCGCCGGGUGAAAAUUAUGCCACUGUUAUGUUGAAGGUCCACAUUGAUUGUCUUCUAGCCACAGGUCGAACGGAACAGUUUACAUUAAUGCUAAAGGUGCCGCACAAUAAUGAUUUGUACCGCAAUGAAAUGAUCAAAUUUCAUAUGUUCGCCACCGAGGCUGGAAUGUACCGACAAAUUGUUCCGGAAUUUGAAAAACUUUAUCGUUCAAAAGGUUUGGAGAUAAGUUUCGGUGCCAAAUCAUAUCAGUUGCCUGCCGUCAAGGAGGAGUAUAUUCUCUUAGAAGAUCUCACCCGCAGAGGUUUUCGUAAUGUGAAGCGACAAAAUUGUCUAGAUAUGGAGCACUGCAGGGGAGUUUUGAAAAAGCUGGCCCAAUUUCAUGCAGCCUCUGCUAUUUGGGUGGAAAAGAAUGGAUCAUUCCCUGACCUUUAUUCCAGGGGAAUUGUACGAGAAGAAGGUAAAGGCCUAUUGGGCAGUAUGUUCAACAGUGGCCUACAACAUUUGCUGAAGACAACAGAGGGCAUGAAAAGUUGUGAACGAUAUUAUCCAGAGUUUAAGAGAUAUGCCGAUAAAUUUAUGGACGAGAUAUUCCAUCAAACUGCCAGAGAUGACAAGGCCUUUAAUGUUCUCAAUCAUGGCGAUUGUUGGUCCAAUAAUAUUAUGUUUCAAUAUGGCGCCCAAGGGGAAUUGAAGGAAACCUAUUUUGUGGAUUUACAGUUGCCGUGUUUUGGAACUCCCGCACAGGAUUUGUUGUAUUUUAUUUUAUCCUCGGCCCAGUUGGAUUUGAAAAUCAAACAUUUUGAUGAAAUGAUACAUUAUUAUCAUCAAAAUUUAAUUGAACACCUAAAGCUUUUGGGAUAUUCCAAGCCAUUGCCAUUUUUGAGGGACAUACAUCAAAUGAUUUUGAAGGGCAGUAUUUGGGCCAUGAUAACGGUACUCAUAACCAUGGCUGCGGUACUGUGUGAUACCUCAGAUUCCGCCACAGUGGAUAAUUUUGUGAGCGACUCUGAAGACAGCCAACAUUUCAAGGAGCUGCUAUUCAGCAAUGAACGUUUCAAAUCCCAUUGGGAAGUAGUCUUACCCUGGCUAUAUCAACGUGGUGCCUUAGAGGUUUAAACUAAUCGGAAUGCAUUUUGCAUGCACUAACUUUGUUUUUGAUAUGCAAUUAACACGCCUAUAAAGGUGUCACUCGAAAGUGAGUGAUAUCAUCUAGGGAAUUUAUAACACCCAAUGAAUUAAUUGUUGUCAGACAAAAAGGUGCAAGUGUAAUUGUAGGUAACGUGAGAUGUGGAAUCGUUGUAAAUCAUGGAAUAUUUUUUAUUUGUAGAGAUGUAAUCAUUUAUUUUAUAAAAAUAAAAUAAUAAAUGAUGUAGUAACUUUUAAAUAAGUUGAAAUAUUAAUCAAUUAAUAAAUAUAGAGAAACUAGCUGAUCUGGUCAGCGUUGUUGUCUUGUCAUUUUA